AUGCCCCAGCUGUUGCCUGCAAAAGAAGCAGCUAGAAUAUACCACACCAACUAUGUUCGCAAUGCUCGUGCCAUUGGUGUCUUGUGGGCAGUGUUCACAAUAUGCUUCACAAUUAUCAUGGUGGAAGUGUUCAUCCAGCCAUACUGGAUUGGGGACAGCUUAAAUACACCUCAAGCUGGUUACUUUGGACUGUUUAGCUACUGUAUAGGCAAUGCAUUGACCUCAGAGCUUAUCUGCAAAGGAAGCGCCUUGGACUUUGAAUCAAUACCUUCAGGAGCCUUCAAAACAGCCAUGUUUUUUGUUGGUGUGUCAAUGUUUCUAGUGGUGGGCUCCAUGCUGGCCUUCGGUCUUUUCUUCUUCUGCAAUUCAGCAACAGUGUACAAGAUCUGUGCAUGGAUGCAGCUCGCUGCAGCAGCUGGCCUGAUGAUUGGCUGCCUUAUUUACCCCGAUGGGUGGGACUCUGCAGAAGUCAAACGCAUGUGCGGAGACAAGACUGACAAAUACACAUUAGGAGCAUGCACAAUACGCUGGGCAUAUAUCCUAGCUAUGAUUGCCAUCCUGGAUGCUCUCAUUCUCUCUUUUCUGGCAUUCGUCCUUGGGAACAGACAGGACAGUUUGCUGCCGGAGGAUUUCAAGAUUCAGACCAAAGAAGAUGAGAGUGGUUGAAAAGAA